AUGGCGGCUCCGGCUGCGCCCCCGGCCGCUGUGGCGGCGGCGGCCCCGGGCGGCAGCGGAGGCGGUGCCGGCGGCGGCGGAGGAGGAGGCUCGGGGUCGCCGGGGGUCGGGGGCCGGCUGCCGAGCCGGGUGCUGGAGCUCGUGUUCUCGUACUUGGAGCUGGCCGAGCUGCGGAGCUGCGCGCUCGUGUGCAAGCACUGGUACCGCUGCCUGCACGGCGACGAGAACAGCGAGGUGUGGCGGAGCCUGUGCGCCCGCAGCCUGGCCGAGGAGGCGCUGCGCACCGACAUCCUCUGCAACCUGCCCAGCUACAAGGCCAAGGUACGUGCCUUCCAACAUGCCUUUAGCACCAAUGACUGUUCCAGGAAUGUCUACAUUAAGAAGAAUGGAUUUACUUUACAUCGGAAUCCCAUCGCCCAGAGCACUGAUGGUGCAAGGACCAAGAUUGGUUUCAGUGAGGGCCGUCAUGCUUGGGAGGUCUGGUGGGAAGGCCCUCUGGGCACUGUGGCUGUGAUUGGAAUUGCCACAAAACGAGCCCCAAUGCAGUGUCAGGGUUAUGUGGCAUUGCUGGGCAGUGACGACCAGAGCUGGGGCUGGAACCUAGUGGACAAUAACCUGCUACAUAACGGGGAAGUCAAUGGCAGUUUUCCACAGUGCAAUAAUGCACCAAAAUAUCAGAUAGGAGAAAGGAUUCGAGUCAUCCUAGACAUGGAAGAUAAGACUUUAGCUUUUGAACGUGGCUAUGAGUUCCUAGGGGUUGCCUUUAGAGGACUGCCAAAGGUCUGCUUAUACCCAGCAGUGUCUGCCGUGUAUGGCAACACGGAGGUGACUUUGGUUUAUCUGGGGAAACCAUUGGAUGGAUGACGGUGGCUUUGUUGGGAUCCAGGAAUGGAGGAGAAAUCUGCUUGUGGAGAGUGGAAUCAUGAGAUGACAAUGCCAUGCAUGCUUGUCCAAGAAACAUCCUGGGAAACACAUGGAAUUAUAAACUGGAAAAGCAGCUCUACAGCAGGGAUUGUCUUUCUGUUUCCUCUUUCAACCAGUCCAGAAAAAUCCUCAGGGUUGCAGUUGGUUGAGUGGGCAGUUGAUAUGUGCAUGUUGCAACAGAUUUCAUCUCAAAGCUAGCAGUGUGUGAUCUCAGUUGUUUAAGGUGAGAUUUCCAAGAUGCUGUGACAGGGAUAAGAUAAGGAGAUAACUUUGAGAUUGUAAGUAGUGUUUUUGUGAAGAGAGACUGAUCCCAUUUUACAACUGCCUGUUCUCCACUCCCUCACAUUCCCAACUCCCCAGUCCCCUUUCAGCCAGCUUGGCUAUUAGAGAAUGAAGCUGGUUGGGUUUUAUUUAAUAUUUUUAAUAUACUGAGAAGCAUGGUCUGCCUGGACUGCACUUCUCUAACAGAGAAAAUUGUGCAGCUAUUUUAAAAGUUGUAUAUACAAUACAUGUAAAAAAAAAACUGUAAAAAAACCAAAAAGGACAAAGAAUUGCUUUGUUCUGGUUUAAUUUCUUAAAAGAAAAACCACUACAUGGUACAAAUUAGAACAACUUUUGGGACAACUAGAUAGUUAAUAUACUUUAAAAAAGGAGUUUACAGAGAGGUGCUGUGUUGGUUUGUUUUGUAUUAUAUUUGACUUAUGGUUUCCAUAACUAUUGCAUUCUGUUUUCAUAGUCCAAAAUAAUGAUGACAACACCCCAGCUCUUUUAGCUGAAAAUUUCCUUUCUGUUGAAGAGUGAAGGAAGGUAAAACUAUUUUUGGUUACACGUUAGUAUCAAUAAGGAUGAUCUAAAAAUAUCCUCAAUAUGCAUUCAUGUGAUGCCUGACCCUUUGUCUUGGCCUUCCAAGAAAAAAAGUGUCUCAUCUUCAGACACACACAAUUAUAUUUGCUCUUGAAAAUAUUAAAUUCAAGACCCAUGUUAGUAUAAUAAAUUGGCCUUAGGAAGAGGAUUAUUGGAUUAUGUUCCCCUUUUGCUUUGUACUUUUAAUGUAGUAGAGACUGUUGGUUAUCUUUUCAAAAAAUCUGCCAUGUUUGUACCAUGCAAGCAGCUAAGCCACUGAUGGGUUACCAAAAUAAUACUUAUUCUCUUGAGUGAUAGGAAUUCUUAUCAUUUCUGAUCUCAACACAGAGGCUAAGAAUGUUCCUAUCCUCAUUGAAAAUAAUUGGCCACCGAAGACUUGUCAAAUAUUCCCCAAAAGCUUCAGGUUGGCAGUAUUCGGAAGGUUUUUGUAAGUGAUUCCAAGGUUUACCCCUACCUAAAUUUAUGAAUUCAUGGAGAAGUAGCUUCUUAUCUCAUGUCUCCUUGGAAUUGAUGAUGUUCAACAUAUGGACUGAGAUGUUGGGGGUAGAGUGAUUAGAGUAAAAGCAAUCACAUCAUCUUUCUGUGUUAAAACAUGAAUUGUGUGAUUUCAAACCUGUCUUUGUGUUAAGAGCUUGCUUUAAGGGAGAAGUGGAAUCUUUGUGCCUCUAAGGCUGUUGCCGUGUGUAUGUUUGUUUUUAGAUCUAAUAAAAUCAGGGUAUAUGGUACAGCAGGCAGCUGGCUGGGAUUCUUGGGUGUCUUCUGGAGAAUUAUGUUUGUAAUAUUAGAUAAUCAUCUGAAAGAGUGAGAGAAAUCAGCCCCUGAACAAAGAUAUAUUACAUGCUGCCAUUUGAAAGACUUUAAGGUAUUUUGUCUUUGGAAUAUUGCUUGAAAGGGGAUACCUGUUGAGGAUCCUCUUUUGUUGCUUAUGUAUCCACGGGAGAAAUCUUUAAACACCAUAUUAAAAUUGAAUACAGAGGGGUUGUCAGUGCGAGUGUGUUAGAUAGCUGCUACAGCAAUAUAUAUUAAAAAAAAAAACUUUAUAAUUUACAUAAAGAAGAGUGAGAACUGGCCUCAUUUAAAUUGAUUCGAGUUUGAAGAAUAGAAAUUCCCCUUUCUCAUUAAAAAUACAGCCAAUUCCAAGAACUUUUCCUGAGUAUUUUAUUUGUAAAAUUUGAUACAUCUGUUUAAUGUUUUGUUUGCUCCUAAGUUUUAUAGGUGCUAUUUGGACAAUAGAGACACAUAGUUGGUGCACAGCGAACUUACAAUCACUAAUUGUCAAAAUAUCUCAUAACAGACCUUAUCUUUCUUGCAGGAGUUUUAAAUACCCCAGUAUCCCAUUUGCAAUUUCUAUAAAGUAAAGUUGAGGUAAUAAGGGGAGGGCAGCCAGGAAAAGUAAAGAGCCUUCACUUAUAACUUGAUAUAAUUUAUUGGAGACCAAUACUACUAGCUGUAUAAAAUAUUAAAAUAAACUGUUACAAUGUU